CUCGUGGGCAAUCCGCAAAAUUCACAGUUGAUUGACGGUAAUCGGUGGGAUUUACAGUUGUGCAUAUUUACGUUAAAAAUCCCUUCGCGAAACUCGAAAUUAUGGAGCUCUCAAUUUUCGCUGCUGUAUUUACUCUCUUCAUUUUUCAAAUUGAAUUGGAAGCCUCCCCCCAAAUAACGAAAUUUGCACCGGUCGAAGAUUGGAUAGCCUUCAAGCGUCGCACGAGUGACAUUAAACCCCUGGACAAAUUUCUAGGGAAACUUCGUGCAACCUACGACUUCGUGUUCCAGAAGCCCGAGAACGUGAGCAACGUGGGAAAGAUCCUGUCGACUGGAAGGCCAAAGGAGACAGACACAGAGCCCUACAAAUUUAUUUUAUCGAAUUCCCAAGAGACCGACCACUCGGCCAACGAAAAAGAGGGUGCGGAAAUUCCGGUGUACGUGGAGCUUCUCGGCGAGGAGGUGAUGCCCAAAGAGUCGUCGAUCUCUCGGGUCGCGACCGAUUGGGCGGAUGUGGAGGCUGUUGAGCCUCUGAGUGAAUUUGAAUUGCUUAAUGAUAAUGAAGAUGAUAUCGACAAGUCCGAGGAAACUGGAAAAUCUCAAACGAGCUUUGAAUUACCUGCGGCUGUCGCGAGAGCUUUUUUACGGUGGCUAAGCUCGAUUAUAUUGUUCACUCAGGGGGCCUAUCUCAAAAUCACUAACUCGACUGCGCUGUAAAGUAAUUAUUAACCACUGGUUAAUUAUUAGUUAUUUAAUUGAUCAAUUACACUGUCGACUUACCAUUUUCUCAGUGAAAAUUCAUUAAUAACUUCAUUCUAAUUAAUCGCCUCAUUCAAGCACUGAAAACAAUUCACGAAAUUGGAAGAUUUUAAACAUAAUUAGAUAGAAAAUAUAUAUGAGACUCAUAAAGGUUAUAUACCUCCAAU